ACUGCGCAUGCGCCUCUAGAACCGUUGAACUUUCGACCGCGGAUACAACUUUCUUGUUGUGUUGUUAUUAUUUCAUAUUUUUUUUCAAUGUCACUUUAUUCAUUUUACAUUUGCAAGGAAAUAAACUCAGUGGAGAUGAAAUUCCGUCAGUUAAUGAAAUUAAUCAGACCACCAGAGCAGAUUGUUUUUUAUGUUAUAUAUGUAUGCUAUAAUAUAAGGAGUUAAUAACAAAUUGACGAUUAGAAAAAUUCAGUUUACUGAAUAAAGUUUGGGAUGUGAUAUACAUAUAAUGUUUAGGACCGUUAUUCCUUUUAGUAUAUACAAUAAUAUUUCAUUUUAAAUAAGAGGAUAAUCUGUAUACAUGGUUACGUAUAUAUGAGAGCGAAAGUUACGAUAUCGAUACUUCUAGAAGCGCAAUUACAUUUACGGGAUGACCUAUUGAUAGAACAUGGUAUUUGUCACGUAGGCAGUCCACACAAGAAUCAGCGCCUCUGUAGAUAAUGUACAGAACUUUAGUUCUGCUAUUUAAGGUCAUCAUGUUGAGUAGUAAAGUCAAAGAUGUAUUGGACGCCGUAUGUACAUUUGAAAAAAUUGUGUAACAUGAAAUCAAAAUAAAAAGAACAUAUACUUAGUAAAAUAUUAACAAGAAAGUUGUACUAAAUGUUCCAUAUACUUGUGAAAAUAUCUACCGAUGUUUUGAUUCACCUUACGGAGCUUAUGCGAACUAAAAAGUAACACAACAAACGUGUAGCCAUGUCGGACGAAUUGAAAUUAGAUCACCGUGCGAAAAAAAGGAUCAAAGAGGUUAAAAGGAAAGCUAGACCAGAACUUGGUGAUAAGGCUGCUUGGAUCCAACAUGGCUAUAGCAAAAAAUUUGAAUCGUUUUGGAAUUUCAUUGAUAAUGUGGAUCGUAUCGAUGAAUCUAAAGUAUCUACAGAGGAAUUUAUAGAAAAAUAUGAGAAACCUUACAAACCUGUGAUAAUACAAGGUGUUCAAAAUGGUUGGAAAGCCCAAUAUAAAUGGACUAUAGAGAGAUUAGUAAAAAAAUACAGAAAUCAAAAGUUUAAAUGUGGUGAAGACAAUGAAGGAUAUAGUGUAAAAAUGAAAAUGAAAUAUUAUGUACGCUAUAUGCUUAAUAAUGAAGAUGAUUCACCUUUAUAUAUCUUUGAUAGUUCCUUUGGUGAACAUCCUAGACGAAAAAAAUUACUAGAGGAUUAUGUUAUUCCUAAAUAUUUCCGUGAUGAUUUGUUUCAAUAUGCUGGAGAACAUAGAAGACCGCCAUAUCGUUGGUUUGUUAUGGGACCUGCUAGGUCUGGUACAGGCAUACAUAUAGAUCCAUUAGGAACAAGUGCCUGGAAUGCACUGAUUUCUGGGCAUAAAAGGUGGUGUUUAUUUCCUACACAUACUCCGCGAGAACUUCUUAAAGUAUCUGCGGCUGAGGGUGGUAAACAAAGAGAUGAGGCUAUUACAUGGUUUUCUGUUAUUUAUCCACGUACAAAAUUGCCUACCUGGCCACAAGAUUGUUUGCCAAUAGAGAUUUUACAAAAUCCUGGUGAAACUGUUUUUGUUCCUGGUGGUUGGUGGCAUGUUGUUUUAAAUCUUGAUGAAACUAUAGCAGUUACUCAAAAUUUCUGUUCCCGUACGAAUUUUCCAGUAGUGUGGCAUAAAACAGUACGGGGGAGACCAAAAUUAUCACGUAAAUGGUUAAAAGUACUCAGGGAUAAAGAACCAGAAUUAGCAGCAUUAGCUGAAACUAUUGAUGUAAAAGAAGAUACAGGUGUUGCCAGUGAUUCUUCUAGUGGUUCUUCAAGUAGUUCUUCAAGUACUAGUAGUAGUAGUCAAUCAGAAGACAGUGCAGAUGACAGUGGUCAAGAAUCAUUGACAACACAUAAAAAGAAAAAAAGAAGAAAACUAAAUAACAGCCAACCCUGACAAUAUCAAGCAUAUGGGACCUACAGAGACCUCAGACUGUACAGUAUUAACCAACAAUUGUUUGUACUAAGAAUAAAUAUUAUAAUUAUUACGACCUUCAUGUUCAUAAUAAAAUAAAUGCUAGAUAAUA